AAUAGAAAUGGAGGAGGACAAUACGGUCAAUGCGAAAACGAAACGAGGCACACAGCUGAAAUCGGAUUUUUGCAGGCUUGAACCAGCUUCAGCAGCAGCAGCAGCAGCAGGAGCAUUAUUUUCCACUGAGAAGUCUGUUGUGUAUUUCAGCCCCCAAGAUUAGGCAGUAACCAGUUAGUGGAAAACCAUGGACCCUGCAGAACGAAGGUACUUGGAGGAUGAUGAUACACCUACUAUGAAAACAAUUAAAGGUGCUACUACAGGUUUAGUUACUGGAACCAUUUUUGGGACCAUUGUGGCUACUUGGUAUGAUGUGCCUCGUGUAGAGAGAAGUGUUGCUCUUCCAGGGCUGAUAAGGACCCUGAAGAUGAUGGGUAACUACGGGGUGACAUUUGCUGCAAUAGGGGGAGUGUACAUUGGUGUUGAGCAGCUCUUGCAGCAUUAUAGGAUGAAAAGAGACUUUAUUAAUGGAGCUGUUGGUGGUUUCGUUGCUGGAUCAACCAUUCUAGGUUACAAAGGAAAGAGCAUUUCAACUGCAAUUGCUGCUGGAUCAGCCUUGGCAGUCACUUCUUCACUGAUCGACAGUGGGGGUCAGACUACAAGAAUUGACACCGGCAAGGAGUAUUACCCUUACACCACCAAGAAAAGACCGACAGCUGAUUCAUAAUUUAUUGAUGCCGCUGGUAAAGAAAAGGAUCAUUGCAAGCUAAUAGAAGAGAAUCGGUUGUUGUUUCCUGAACUGUCUGUAUUUUGAGAGAUGUAAUCAUACUCUUGAUUCUGUUUCCGUGCCUGUUUGGAUUAAAGUUUUUAGAGCAUGAAUGGAUUUGUUGGAAAUAAAUAUGCUUGUCAUUUCAUCAAAGUUA